AUGGGCACCCACAAACUUAGUGGUGACGAUGAAUCUAUUCUUAGAUUAGCAACAGAGCACUACGUUCUACAUCCAGAUUACAACCCAAGCACUCUGGCAAAUGAUAUUGGACUUAUAAAGUUUAGAGGACCUAUUACAUUUACACCAUAUAUUAACCGUCUUUAUCUACCGUAUGAAGCAAUGGAUGAAACGACUACAGGGAUAGCUUAUGGCUGGGGUCAAACCUCCGAUGGUAAUCCUGAGCUUUCGGAUACGCUUAUGGCUCCGCCACACAGUCAUUAA